CAAAGAUAAUAAACGUCAAACAUCGAAGGAAGACUGCACAUUUGUUAACAUUUUUACGAUUAAUUUUACAAUGUUAUUUCAUUAUUAUUAAAUAAAAACUGUGUUAUAUACAAUGGAGGAGUUGUUAGCAUGUCGUGCGUGCCUCGCCACAGGGGUCAAAUUGCACAACAUGCGUUCACAGCAACUAGUUAAUGCCUACGAAAGCCUUACUGGUAUCAAAAUGACGAAACCAGAGAACUAUCCAGAAUAUCUGUGUUCAUACUGUACAACAUUGUUGCUCAAGAGCAUAUCGUUCAGGGAUAAGUGUGUGAGGGCCAUGGAUUUACUGAACAUGGCAGUGUUGCAGUCUGGGAUGCUGACCCAAUCAGACAUUCUGAAUGUAGACAGACGGUACAAUAACUUGGUGCUGCCGUAUGUAUGUGAGAGUCUUCUUCUGAAUGUGAAGGAGGAGAGUUCCCCCAUUCCAAGGGAUGAGAGUGAUGUGGAAAGUGAUAAUGAUUUCGAAGCAGAUGACAAUGACGCACAAACAGACGCAUGUGAUACAAGAGAAGCCAUGAGCAGUGAAGAUGAACCUCUCUCUGUGAAAGUAGAAAGAAAAAAUCAAAAUGAAGAAUCAAAAGACGUUCCAAAUUUGAAACAAGAUGAAUUCCAAAGUGUCAACAUAGAGUGCAUUACUUUGACCAAAGAGGAGCAGAUUGCGGAGGUUUUGGCGCGAAAGAAUUCUGUUAAUUAUCAAAACUCAUUAUACAAAUGUGAUAAGUGCUACAAAGGGUUCAUAACCGAUGUAACAUUCAAGAAUCAUAUGUUCCGCCAUGAUCCGGCCGCGGGCCCGCACGCGUGCGCGGCGUGCCACACGCGCUGGGAGAGCGCGCGCGCGCUGCGCUCGCACACGCUGGCGGCGCACGCGCGCAAGUUCGUGUGCCGCGCCUGCGCGCACGUCACGCGCUCGCGCCACCGCGCCACCGAGCACGCGCACUGGCACAACGGUCACACAUUCCGCUGCAAAGUAUGCGGCUCGACGUUCUCCAAAUCGACGAGCUAUCUCACGCACUUGCGCCUACAACAUCCCUCGCAACACCGCUGCGAACUGUGCGGCGAGGCGUUCCUCGGACCGAACGGGCUCAACAUACACAAGAAGAAGGCGCAUCGGGAUACUCAGUCGCAGCGGCCGCAGCUGCCGUGCGCCGCGUGCGGCGCGGUGUUCCACUGCGCGGCGGCGCUGCAGUUCCACGCGUCGCUGCCGGCGCCGCUGGGCUGCGGCUCGGCGCUGCGGCCGUGCGCCGAGUGCGGCCACAGCUUCCUGUCGGACGAGCGCCUGCGGGAACACCUGCGCGCGCACCACGGGGUCGGCUCGCUCCAGUGCGAACACUGCAACAGAACGUUCGCGCACAAACGUUCGAUCGCUGUCCACCACCAGCGCGUGCACCUAGGCGUGAAGCUGGCCCUCGGCAAGGACGCGCGAGGGAAGGUGUUCGUCGUCUGUGAGAUAUGCGGCAAGAAGUGCAUCUCGAAGGCGUCGUUGGUGGAUCACCAGCGGAUCCACUCCGGGGAGAAACCUUUCCAGUGUCCAGAAUGUCCAAAGAAGUUCAGCGUCUGUCAGCGUCUACAAAUCCACCUGCGCACGCACACGGGCGAGCGUCCGUUCAAAUGCGCCAUCUGUCCCAAAGCGUUCAUGCACAAGGCGGCGCUCAACCGACAUGACCGGGUGCACACAGGAGUGAAGCCGUACACGUGUUCCCAUUGCGGGCGCGCGUUCUCCCAGUCCAACAGCAUGAAGCUACACGUGAGGACUGUGCAUCUCAAACUGCCGGCGCCGUACCGCAGCAGGAGGAAGCUUAACGAAGGCGGAUAAUGUGACUCGCUCGGAUGGAAGGGGUGAAUUGAGCUUAGGGGGUGAAAAUGUGUCAACGAGUGCAAAUGAGGCAAUGGGUGAAAAUUAGUCAGUCAGUGGUGAAAGAGAUGAAUAGUGCUCUAGGGUAUGAAAAUUAGUGCAAGAGUCAAUGGGCGAAGAAGAGUCAAUCGGGUGAAAAUUUGUCAGAGAAGUGAAAAUUAGUCAGUCAAUGGUGAAAGAGUUGAAUAGUGCUCUAGGGUGUGAAAAUUAGUGCAAAAGUCGACCGAUGAAGUGUAUUCAAUCGAGUGAGAAUUAGUCAAUAAGGUUCACCUUAUUGACUAAUUCUCACCUCACUAAGGUUUGGGUUAAAAUGUAAGGCCUUUUACUAAUUUGGUCAUGCUCCUCUAGUUCCGCCCAUUUUUUUACUACAUUAUUUGUCAGACUUUGUAAUACAGUAAUAUACAAUCAUAUACAGUAUGUAGUACAUACAGAUAUUUGUCUAAAAUCUUAUGAUACAUACAAUAGGCAAUCACAUUUUGUGAUCUAAUAGGCCGUUAGUGAACAUCCAUGGCACAUGAGCCGCUACAGUCCAGGAACGGAAUGAAUACUUCAAAUCGCCUGUGUUUUGUAGCAAAGCAUUUCCUUCGCUAAAAUAAACUACAGAAGGUUUAUUUUAGAGAAAGAAAACUAUCUUAUUAAAGUUAGAAGUGAAUCUGUUCAGUUAUUGUGAAUUAAACGAAUUUUGAUGUUAGAACAUUAUACUGCCAUGUAUGUUUUAUACAGGGUCAUGUUGACAUUGCGUUACUAAAUGAAACCACAUACUCGUCUUCACCUUUGCUGACAUUGUGACAAAAAUCAUUCAUUAAUAACGAAUAUUUUUACCAAACAUCCUGGUUUUAGUUUUCUGAUUUUUUUAUCAUUUUGUAGUUUAAUCCAAAUAUGGCGUGUGUAAGUGUAUUUUUUAAUGCAAGUAUGAUGUUGCUGCGACGAAUUAGCUUAAAGGAGUAGUAGUGGCAUAAGAGCGCGUAAAAUUAAAAUAACUUUUUAUUAAUAUUUAUUUUGUUCGGUACACUUUUUAUUUUACAUCUACGGCUCAAGUGACUUAUUGUAGUGUUAUUAAAGUAGAUAAGUAUGUGGUUUCAUUUAGUAACGCGAUGUCAAAAUGACCCUGUAUAGUAUCUUGUAUAGUGUAAGUACGCGGCUGCCUCGCGAGCCUGCUACAAGGUAAGAGCCUCUAAAAGCAAUCUGUACUAAAUAUUUGCGAGGCAGCUGAGAGACAAGCCUGUUGGAGACCAAAAGCUAAGUUGAUAAAGAGAUAGAGUAAUUUGACACAGACAAUAACAGAAAAGUAUUUUUUUUUUUAGUAAUGCUACACACCUUUUUAAGAUUGUUACACAAAAAAAAUUUUUUUUUCGCGGAAAAAAAGGCGUUGUCGCUACCGUCACUUGAAGGUGAGUGGAACGGUUAUGUUAUCAGUCUUACGGCCCAAUGUCACUCGGCAGUAUCUGUACUUGAGCGUCGACGUGACGUCAUCGAAGCGAGGUGCACACGGAAUUUGACCGUGUGGUAGCUUGGCUUCUGGUCUGCAACUGACUUUACGAGUAAACUGACAUUUUAGUAUUAAGAUAAGCUUUUUAGAUCUGUUUACACGCGACAAAUACCUCGGAACUUAGACGAUGUAUAAAGGACACGGCUUGAUCUGUCAAAAUAUAAAAAUUGCGCACGCGCACGUUUGUAAAAACUGUCAUGCGCUGACACAAGUGUGUAAGAUUUAUAUGCGUUCAUUAACAGAAACAGUAUGUUGCACUUUCUAUGUAGUAGUUACUGAAAGUGUUAGAAUUAAUUGUUCGCACCAAGAGCGUCGCCAAGGGGGGGCAGGGAGGGGCAGCCACCCAACCAGAGGUUCUAAAACAGUUCUCGACUUUUCCUACAAUUCAUACUUUUCUCUUUCUCCAUAUCAACUUGCCCCCCCUGGGCCUUCGGCUGGCGACACUCUUGUGCAACAAUUAGCACAUAGCGCGUCCUUUCUACAUGGUCGAAGGCUCAAACUGUUCAGAACUGACCCGCAGGACAUACAGGUUAUAUGGGUAGAAUUAGUUAUUUACAUGAACUAAGAGAGGCAGAUAAGAAAUUAUUUAUAAGCUUUUGCUCGCGGCUCUGCCUGUUUAAACCCAUCCCGAGAUUAAAAGUAGCCUAUAUCAGUGGCGCGAAACCUGAUACAACACAUAGGUACUAAGAUGUUUUUAUUACAUAGAGACGUUGUCCGAGCUCAAUACUGGCAAGACGAAAGCAAGGUAAUUGCCCGACAUUCACUUAGUCAACCUCCAACCAC